AAAGAAUGUGACUGAUCAGUGAGCAGCUGUCACUUCAAGGCUUAGGGGACUCAACAAUCACCUCCCCAGGGACUCAACUAGAUAGGGAGAGAGAGUGUGACUGCAAGAGCUAUACUCAAAGAAAGUGUGGACACCGUAGGCACAAUAGAACUAGAUGCCUACAGAGACAGAAACAUGUAUGAAAGGCAAAUUAAUUUGGUAAUACCGGAAGCAUAAGAAGUUGCAACCAAGAAGCUAUAAGACUCCCCAGGUCCCUUAAGACCUUGAAGAUCCACACAGAAGGGUGUAAAGCAGACCUCAGCAGUUCCAAAAGGCAAUACAAGGAGGUUGCUAAUGCAAUAUGAUCCAGUGGGACUUGCACUAAAAAUACCAUCAACUUUGCUUCACUAGGAGAAACUGGACGGGCUGUAUCUUUUUUAAUUGGCUAAAGAUUAAACCUUUAGUUUUUCUUUCUAAUCACUUUAUCUGAACUGUUCUAGGAGGUGAAGAGUAUUCCAAAGCUUUUUGGCUGUAGUAACAUUAAGGUAAUACAUUUAUUUAUUACUCAUAUGUUCUAAGGUUCUAAGGCUUGAUCUAAUAAGGCAUUAUUUUGGAGACAUAAACGUAAUGCAGAGGUUCAAGUUUGCAAUUCUGGAAGCAUGACUGUUAGGCUAGGAUUUAAUAUGAAGAAAACAACCAGAAUUUAUGAAGGAGUUAAUUUUUUAAAGUUAUGUUGAAGAGAUACAUCUGUAUGUUAUUUGUAAAUCUUCAUAAAUUGUAGAAAAAAUGUUUAAAACUAUGAAUUUUUAAAAGCUACUUUGCAUCUAAAUUGUAGUUUACUCACACAAAAAGUUUUGGAAUACUUGAAUUCAAAUAUAAAAUUAUUCUCAAAGCCACCAUUAAUUAGAGGAUUUGCCUGCUGAUGAACGCUUUUGCUUGCCAAGACAAUCCAGGCUAAGAAAUAAUUGUAAACUAAAAAGAAUGGCAAAAGUUCAAGGGCCAAAAUAAUAAAGAGUUUAAAAGAUUUUGGAAAAAAGUUGUAAAAGGAAUAGUGAGAAAAUAAAAGUAAAAUAAUUGAUUUUGGGGCACUUACAAGAGCUUAAAGAAGAAGAUUCCAACAAUGAGAAAGGCUGAAGUCCAGAUGACCCUGAAGAAGCCUGGGGAGGAGGGAGCCCGGGGGCGGAUAGGAGUGGCGCCCCCUAGUCCUGGCAUCCCAUCGAAACGUGCCAAAGUGGUUCCGGAUCAGGUGGUACCAGAGCUAGGAGGCUCAGAUGAGUAUUCUUACCGAACACCACCGGUUUUCCUCCGCAAGAUGAAAAAUGCAGCUGUGGGAACGGGGUGCGACAUCCGUCUGAAAGUAACAGUGGCAGGUGAUCCGCAACCUAACUUGCACUGGUACCGCAACGACAUGCUGCUUCCUAUGGAUAACCAGGAAUAUGGAGGGCUGUGGAUCAGGGACUGCAAGCUCAGUGAUGCUGGGCUCUACACCUGUAUAGCGACCAACCCGCUGGGAGAGGCAAGAACCAGCGCUGUCCUUGCUGUCAUGGACCUGGAAGACUCAGAGACCACAGAAGAUGAGGCAGCAGAGCCUCAGAUACCUAUGGAAACAAAAGAAGGACCCAGAAGUCUUCAGGACCAGGCUCUUCACAGAAUGCCUGCAGGUGAUGCAGACAAGAUGAUGGAUGUCACACCUGAAACAACGCCCUCUUCUGGCAGAAGUGGGUCACGGGUUGGAAGCUGGUCUGGCAGUCAGAACACAGUGGUAGAGAAGGAGGCUCUGGCCUUGGGUUCCAGAGGCCCUGGUCCUACGCAACAGGAUGCUCUCUCCAAGCCUUCCAGGAGCCUAUCUGAAGACGUUUUGAGGGAAGACUAUGGCUGCCAGGCCGCUGAGCUGGAGCAGAGACGGGACCUUGGGUCCCUCAGAUACCCCUCUUCCCGUCCCCAAGUUCUCCCACCUCCCUCUCCCAAAAUUGGCCAGCGUCCCACCUCAACACCCUUACCCAGCCGUUCAGGGUCAACCCCUGUCACCCCCCUUACACCCCGCAAAAAAGUUGUCAUCCCCCUUGACUACCAAGACACUGUGCCAGAUGAAUUUGAGGAGAAAAUCAAACAGCCUAAAUCCUCAGCUCUCUCUCAAACCAGCACCCAGGAUUCUCGCCCUCAGACACCUCUGAGUGAGUAUUCAAGGAAGGAUUUAACGCUCCGUCCAUCACCAAAGUUGACUCGUGCAAGCUCUAAGAUUUUUGAAAAAGUACGGUACUUUGAGGAGCGCAGGAGGAGUAUUGACCACCCUGAGGGAUCCAUCUCUGGACGAUCAUGGGCGGGUUUCAAUCGAGCACGAUCCUUUGAACAAUCAGAUGAUGAGAGGAGCCGGACAGGAAUCUCCAGAGAGAGCUCAAGAGAGGAUCUGCGGGAGGCACUAAAAGCUGAUGCAGCCCAGAGGAGGUCCUUGUUCAAGCAGAAGGCUUCCUCCUUUGAGGACAGACCUCGUUACACGCAGAAGAUUCAGGACAUUGAGAACAAGUUCACAGAAGAGCUCCAGCGAAUUAAAAAGGUUGUGGGCAAGCCCCAACUGGGAAAAUCCUUCUCCACAGAACAGAUUGCUCACAGAAGUGGGAGGCAAACCCUACGAAAGUUGGAGCCCAUUCCCCCUCAGGUUCUCCAGAAGUUGCAAGACAGGGAGCGGAUGCAACAACAGCAAAUAUUACAACAGCAAAAACAGCUGCAACAGCAACAAUUACAACAACAACAACAAUAUGAACUGCAACAAAAACAGAAGCAGCAACAGCAGCUACUGCAACAGCAGCUACUGCAACAGCAACAACUACAGCAACAGCAACAACUUGAACUGCAACAAAAACAGAUGCAACAGCAGCAGCUACUGCAACAACUUGAAAUGCAACAAAAACAGAAGCAGCAACAACUGCAGCAGCAACAGCUGCAAUUACAACAAAAAGAGCAGCAACAGCAGCAACUCCCACAGCAGCACUUAAGUGCAAGGAAACCUUUAAUGAGGAGCUGUGCAACAGUGAACAGAUCACGAGAAGAGAUUGAUAGCUUAGAACCUAUGUUACUCACAGAAUUAAAUAAUAGGUUUUCAACUAGAGAGAAAACAGACAGAGAAAGACAUUGUGGCUCUUUGCCAUUGGAAGUGCUACAAAAAGCUGAAGAACAGCCACUCACCACACAACUUCCAUUAGAAUCGUUACCAACCAGGAAAGAGGAGCCCACAAUAAGGAAGUUUGAACAAAAACCUGUAAGCCCAUUGGUGAAGAAAGAAUUCGCCCAAUUUCAGGAAUCCCCAGCCCAAGCCCCACUCGGGCUUGUGAAAGCAAGUCUUACUCGUAUCCCCUCCCCUUUUCCCUUGCCAGAAGAAGAGAAGAUGGAGAUUGAUGAUAUACCUGCUCCUCCAGCCUACAGGCUACUCAUCCCCAAAAUUGUUGUGCCAGAGGAGACCUUAGAUAGGGAGCCUACUCUGGAGGAUGACAAGAAGAAGAAAGUCAGCGUAAUAAAAGAGGGGAGAACCCAGAGAAUCCGAGGGAAAGGCCAAAGAGCUCGUCCAAUGUCUCCUGAACUAGAAUCUUCUGAUGACUCAUAUGUGUCUGCUGGAGAGGACCCCCUGGAACCUCCUGUGUUUGAGGUUCCUCUUCGGGACACAGCGAUCACGGCAGGCACCGAGGUUCUGCUGAAGUGCAUUAUUGCUGGGAACCCUCUCCCAGAAGCAUCCUGGAAGAAGGACAAUGUCCUUAUAAAGAAUAGCUCAACCCACAUAAUCAAAGCGGAAGGUGAGAGACACACCCUGCUGAUCAAAUGGGCAAGACCAAGCGAUGCUGGGACAUACAAUGUAAUGGCUACGAACGAAAUUGGCAAUGCCUCCAGCAGUGCCACUCUCACUAUCAAAUCCGAGCCCAUUCAAGAACCACGAGCCUCUCUCAGUGUACCUGUGGAUAUCAGCAGCCCCAUCACAUCAGACGAGGAGUAUCUCAGCCCACUGGAGGAAGGGGUAGAAUUUGGGGUGUCAUCUUUUCGGGGGUUAGAGACCAUGCGUAUACCAGAGGCCGCAGAGCCCAAGAGCAUCAUUGAGACACAUUUCAAGGAACCGCCUUCCUUUGAGGUAUCUCUGAGUGACCAGGUAGUAACAGAAGGACAGGAUGCCAUCCUUUCUGUCUGUACUCACGGCGCACCCAAGCCCAUGAUUUAUUGGCUGAGGAACAGAGUGACAAUAAAGACUGACAGCCGACGGUGUGUAUCUGAGGCAGAGGAUGGCCGCUUUGAGCUGAAAAUUGCAAAAGUAGAAAAUUCAGAUGCUGGGGUUUACACUUGUAAAGCCAUCAAUGAAUACGGAAUAAAGCAAUGUGAAUGCAAACUUGAGGUCAGAGCUCCCCCAGCUGAGCCAGGCCUGGUGAUAACACGACAAGUGAAAGAUGUCACGGUGAAAGCAGGGGAGACGGCUGUGUUCGAGUGCCAGAUCACAGGGCCCCCAGAUGUUGAUGUGGACUGGCUGUCCAAUGGGAAGCUGGUUCAGCCUGCACUGCUAAACUGCAAGAUGCACUUUGAUGGGAAGAGAUGCAAACUACUCCUGAAUUCUGUACAUGAGGAUGACAGUGGAACGUACACAUGCAAAUUGAGCACUGCCAAAGAGGAGCUUACCUCCAGUGCAAAUCUCAAAGUCAUUCCCUCAAUAGAGCCCCUUUUCACGAUGAAGAUAGACAUCCUGGAAGUUAUUGAGGGACGCACAGCUCGAUUUGACUGUAAGGUCAGCGGAACUCCCCCUCCCAGAGUCACUUGGAGCCAUUUUGAUCAAGCGCUGGAGGAAAGUGAGAAUAUCCGAAUCCUGAAGGAUCGUGGUUUUCACUCCUUAAUCAUCUCUCAUGUCAGCAACGAGAACGAGGGCUUCUACACGGUCAUUGCCAAGAACACACAUGGCGAAGCUGAGUGCUCUGCGGAGUUAUAUGUGCAGGAGCCUCGCCCAGCAGUCGCCUCACAGAUUGCAAAGCUGGAAAAGAUGCCCUCAAUUCCUGAAGAACCAGAGGUGCCCGAGAGUGAGGUGGAGCGGUUCACCAUGCCUGACUUUGUUAAACCUCUGCAUGACCUGGAUGUGGUGGAGGGCAAGGAAGCUGUUCUAAAGUGCAAAGUGGCUGGUCUGCCAUACCCCACCAUCACAUGGUUCCACAAUGGGGAGAAGAUCGACAGCACAGAAGACAGGAAGAUGACACAGUACAGAGACAUCCACAGCUUGGUUAUCCGCUCAGUCACCCAUUCUCAUGGCGGUGUCUAUAAAAGUGUCAUUUCAAACAAGGUGGGGAAGGCCACGUGCUAUGCCCAUUUAUAUGUGACAGAUGUCCUUCCUGAUCCCCCAGAUGGGGCUCCUGUUGUUGAAGCAAUCACUGGCAAGACCAUCUCCUUGAAGUGGAAGAAACCCAAGAAGCUGGAUCCUUCGAUAGAUCCCAGCUCUUUGACAUAUGCUAUUCAACAACAAGCAAUGGGGACAAACCAGUGGACCAUUGUGGCCUCCAAUGUAAAAGAUACAUCAUACACGGUCCACUCACUCUCCAAAGGGGUACUCUAUGCCUUCAGGGUCCUAUCAGCCACCAGCAAAUCCUAUAGCAAGCCUUCUCCACCAACUGAGGCUUUGCAGCUUGUGGACAGAGGCCCAUAUUUUGAGGAAGCUCCAGUUAUCAUUGAUAAACCUGAUGUGGUGUAUGUGGUGGAGAAUCAAUCAGCCUACAUUACUGUCACCCUCAACCAUGUUCACGCCGGUGUCACCUGGAAAAGGAAUGGCUGUGUGCUGGUGAACAAACCAGGGCUGUUUGAAAUGAGCAUGCCUGAUGACGACCAGCACACUUUGAGGAUACUACGUGUGAGGAGCACCGAUGUAGGAGAACUCAUCUGUACAGCCAGUAACCAGUAUGGUAGUGACAGCUGCUCAAUGAGUCUGGAAAUGGCUGUGGCCCCAAGCUUUGAAUCCAUCAUGGAGGAUGUGGAUGUGAAUGUAGGAGAGACACCGCGAUUUGCUGUAGUAGUUGAAGGAAAGCCCAUUCCAGACAUCUUGUGGUAUAAGAAUGACAUCCUCCUGGCAGAGAGCAGUCACUUCACCUUUGUGUAUGAUGACAAUGAGUGUUCCCUGGUCAUCCUCAGCACGAGAGAGGAGGACUCAGCUGUGUAUACCUGCACUGCCAAGAACCUGGCAGGCUCUGUGUCUUGCAAGGCAGAGCUCACUGUUCACGCAGCUAAAAUGGAAAAGGAGGAGGAGAUGGAGGACGAGGAGACUAUUCUGAGGAAGAUGCGCAGACUGACUGAUUAUUAUGACGUGCACAAAGAGAUUGGAAGAGGGGCCUUCUCCUAUGUGAAGCGGGUAACAGAAAAAGAUGGAAAGGUAGAUUAUGCGGCGAAGUUCAUUUCCACACGAGCGAAAAGAAAGGUUUCUGCCCUGAGGGAGAUGAAUAUUCUGUCACAGCUGGAUCAUGAGAGGGUCCUCUACUUCCACGAUGCUUUCGAAAAGACCACCGGAGUCAUCAUCAUUACAGAGUUGUGCCAGGAGGAGCUCCUAGAAAGAGUUACAAAAAAGUCAUUUGUGCUGGAGUCUGAGAUCCGUUCAUAUAUGAGACAGCUGUUGGAGGGAAUUGGCUAUCUUCACCAGAACAACAUUUUGCAUCUGGAUAUUAAGCCUGGGAAUAUCUUGAUGGCUGAUUCCAGCAGUGAGCAGAUCAGGAUUUGUGAUUUUGGGAAUGCAAUGGAGCUUGUGCCAGAUGAGGCCCAGUACUGCAAAUAUGGCACUCCGGAAUUUGUUGCACCAGAAAUUGUUAACCAAACUCCUGUUUCCAAGGCAACAGAUAUCUGGCCUGUUGGGGUUAUAACAUAUCUAUGCCUCACCGGAGUAUCUCCAUUUGUCGGGGAGAAUGACCGGGCAACUGUGCUGAACAUCAGGAAUUACAAUGUGGCUUUUGAAGAGAGCAUGUUUGCUGACCUCUGCCGUGAAGCCAAGGGAUUUGUCAUUAAGCUGCUAGUGGCAGAUAGACUGAGACCAGAUACAAAUGAAUGUCUCCGUCACCCCUGGUUUAAGAUUUUGGCAAAGGGGAAGAGCAUUAGCACAGAACCACUAAAGCUCUUCUUGUCCCGAAGAAAGUGGCAGAGAUCACUUAUCAACUAUAAAUCAAAGAUGGUGAUGCGGUCCAUUCCGGAGCUACUAGAUGACUCUUCCAGCCACAUCUCUAUCGCUGUUCCCAGGCACCUCAAAGAAGGAUCCCCUCCACCCUCAUCAUCCUCAGAUUCAGAUGAUAUUGAUGAGCUUCCUUUCAUUCCCAUGCCUCUUGCCUUGGAGUUCUCAGGCUCCAGGAUGUCACUCAAUGAGAUUCCGACAGAUGAAGAAAUGCUGAGCAGGCCAAAUGGCACCUUGGAAGGGGUAGGGCUAGACACCAACGAAGCAGUUCCUAUGGAGUGUGAAUCAGCAGGCAGUGGGAAGGAAGGGGGAGAAUCUGCAGGAAGAGGCCGGAGUAGAAAAAGAACCACAACACAAGAAGAAGACCAGAGAUCUUCUGAUGAGGAAAGUUCAGAGGUGACUAAGAGGCCAGAGCAGCCAAAGAGACCCUUGCGCAAGGGUUCAAGUGUGGAGUCAGACAAAGCAAAAGGAGCCUCCAAAAGAGGAGAACUGCGGAGAGGUAGUUCAGCUGACAGUGCAUUACUACUCCAUAUUAAACCAGAAGAUGGCUCUUCAGAGGAACAAGCUAAUGAAUCCAAGAAAAGGCUCAAAAAGGCUGUAUCAAUGGAGUUGCCCAGGAGAAGUCCUAGUCCAGGGACUCUGGAUGAACGUCGUAAAUUGAGCCAAGAAGAUUAUGCUUUGAAAUUAGAACUCAUGAGGCAGAGACUUCUAAGAGGAGGGUCUGUGGACAGCAAGAUGAGUGGCCUAAGGGGUCCUUUAUUGGAGACACUGGGAAUUGGUGGGGAUGAUACCCAAAAGCGCUCUGCUUCUCUAGAGCGCUACGCUCGCCCUCCCCGUGCAGGCCCAGUUCCCCCACUUGCAAGAGCUGCAUCGAGUGACACACCAAGAGAGGAAUCAUCAGAUGCCAAGGUGCUACGCAAAAGUGCAUCUUUCAGCCAGGGGGAUAGUGAACCCAUUCCCCUCCAUAGGCGAUCUGGAGCUCCUUUAGAGAUACCCUUGGCUCAGAUAGAAGGACGGAGAUUACAGGAGUGCAUAUCUAUGUCAGCACUAACUGAGCAAGUAAAGUUGGAUUCUCGCCCAGCCACACCUAAGGAGAUCUCCUCAAAACCACCAACCCCAGAUUUAGAAAAACAUGAGGAGGUGAGGUCUGGUGGGGGUGAGAAGGAGUGCACAGAGAAGAAGGAAGAUGGGCCCUUAGACAUUAAAACUGAGUCCAUAGUCAGUACAAAUGACUCAGCUGAGAAAGUUUGCAAACUUGAGGAAGUUAAUGCAGAUGAGGAAAAAACAGUGAGUGUGUCAGAAGAGGGUAACAUUGAUGAGAGAAAGAAAGAAGCCACUUUCCCAGAGAAGGAAAUGAGCAUGUCAGAAGAAGAGAUGAAGGAGCCUGAGAAGGUGGGGGAGAGUAAGGUUCAAUCUAUUACAAAGCCUCCUGAGAUAAAAGUUGAAGUGAAAAGUCAAAAACCAGAAGAAGAAAAAGUUUCUGCUUUUGAGCCAGAUACAAAGAAGUCCAAAGAGGAGAAAGUAAAAACAGAAGAGAAACAGAAACCACCAGAGAUAACUAUUACCAGUUCCAUUACAGUAACACCUGUAGUCAUACCCACAAAGUCAACAGAAAAUGGUAUUCAGGCAUCAUCCUCUCCGACCACUCAUGUUUCUUUUGCACUCCCAAGCCCCCGACCUUCUGCCUAUGCUGACACUAUACAGACUAUUGUAGUUCCCGUUCGAGAGACUGUUACCCUUGAAACUAAGCCAGAAUCUUCAUCAGCUGCACAUCCAGCUGUCUUUUCUAGAGUAGCAUCUACUGAACAACCUGGCAAAGAGCCUAGCCCACCCAAAGUUCUGAAAAAGCCUUCUCCACCACGAGAACCAUCACCUAGGCAUAUCAUUGAAGACAUUGCCUCUGAAGAAGUCUUUGAGGCAAAAUUCAAGAAGCGUGAAUCAUCUCUGACUCGUGGGCUACGGCUUCUCACAAGGUCAAAGUCUGAAGAGAAGUCGCUUGUCCUGCCUCCUACAUCAGGAGAGGAAGUUUAUCGGCCAGGACCCAGCGGCGCACCCUUGGAAUUUAUUAAGCCUGAGGAACCAAAGAAGCUAGAAGAGAGGGCGAGAUCUGUGCAAGAUCUCAGGGAAGCAGAGAAAGACAGCAGCUUCAUGAGGAGACUCUCUUUACGCCUGAAGAGGACUCCAUCAACUGAGAGAAAGGAAAUUAAACCAAAAGAAGAAAGUCCUGCACCUGAGCCUUCAGCUCCAAGAAGAAGGCUCUCUUGGACUCUGACACGCAGCAGCUCUAGGGAGAAAAAGGAGGUCGAGAUGGUGAGAUUGGAUGCAGGAGCAGACAAUGAGGCUCCCCGGGAACAAGAAAUAAAAGAGCAAAAGAAGCCUAAUGAGUCACCUGUCCUGACCAUGCGUAGGAAGAUUGAGUCCACAGUUGCUGGUAUAUCAAUGAGAAUCCGCAGUCAAUCUGAGGAAAGAAAGGAUGAGAAGAAGCAAGAGGGGAAGGAAGCCAAACAGGAGAAGAGGACACCCUUGCUCUCUCUGUUGCGUAGAUCAAGCUCAGAAGGGACUAACCUGAGGAGGCUGGGGGUUCCACAGAACCAGUUGGCAACUCAGUCUCCGUCUGCUCCUUCCACUGAGUCAUUGGAAUCUAAUGCAAGCAUCCAGUCAGAAGCAGCCAUCAAAAGUUCUGAGAGUGAUCGCAAGUCACCCUGGGACAGGUGGGGCUUGUCGAGAGGCAGGAGAGACAAAGUGGCUUCUCAGCCUGACAUCCCUUCAGCCAUUGCCAGAGAGAAUGGUUCUCUUCAUCUACGGCAGUAUUCACGCCUUGCCUCUGAUUUCCCCCCUGUGUUUCACAUCAAACUGCGGGACCAUGUGCUUCUGGAGGGAGAUCCCAUCACACUCUGCUGUCUCCCAGCUGGGAGUCCCAGUCCACAUAUCAUGUGGAUGAAAGACAAGAAGCCAGUGGUGCCAGACUCCAGAAUGAACAUUGUCUCAUGUCCCGAUGGCCGACAACUCCUCAUGAUCCUCAAAGCUAACAAGAAGGAUGCAGGCCUCUAUGAAUGUGUAGCUACCAACCCACUUGCCUCAGCCACGAGCUCCUGCACUCUCUCCUUGGCUAGACUUCCUAAUCGUCCUGGGACUCCUGAGAUUCCCCAGCGAUACAAGAACACAGCAUUGGUGCUUUGGAAGCCUUCAGACACAUAUGCACCAUGCACUUACACACUGGAAAGAAAGACUGAAGGUGAAUCGGACUGGCUCAUUGUUGCCUCUGGGAUACCUGACUGUUACUACAAUGUUACAGACUUGCCAACAGGUGGCACAUUUAAGUUCAGAGUGGCCUGUGUCAAUAAGGCAGGACAAGGACCUUACAGUAACUUCUCUGAGAAAGUAUCCCUCGACAGUCAAGAAUCACCUAAAGUUCCUGCACCCACUGCCAUCAAACCUGUUCCUUCCACUCCUCCUCCUGCUGUGACACUGCCCCCCAUUGUGCCUGCUCCAGUUGAAAUUCCCAGAAAAACACCAUCUCCUCUUCCCACCAAGCCUCCAUCUCCUCUCCCUGCGAAGCUGAUAGUCACACAAAUAACUUCCUCUGUCACCCCCACCCUCAGCACAGCUAAAACCUCUCUGACAAUCGCUGUCACUUCACCAUCAACUAUGGCUCAACCUAUUCCUCAGCCCCCUCAAGCAACACCACAUGCUGUCACAUCCAAGCCGCCAACCCCAGUAAACCUGACACCAUCCGUCACUCCCACCCCUCCUGUCUCACCACCCCCUUUAGUUUCUCCUCCCCCUGUCAUUGGCAAACCCAUCUCGCCAGUCCCUAUGUAUGUUCCAGUCAUGCCCACCCACAUCCCUCCCUCCCCUGUGUCUUCUCUCUCACCCCCCAUGGUGCUUGUGACCAGCCUGAGCCCUGUAGGGGAGGGGCCCGCCACUCCCACACGUAUGACCCCCACGGGCCGAAUGACACCUUCCACCAAACCUGCAGAGGGUGGUACUACCGCGCUUCGUCAAGGAGUGCCACAGAAACCUUACACAUUCAUGGAUGAAAAAGCCAGGGGCAGAUAUGGAGUUAUUAGAGAAUGUAGAGAGAAUGCAACAGGCAAACUUUUCAUGGCCAAAAUUGUUCCGUAUGAACCGGAGAGCAAGCAGGCAGUGCUGCAGGAGUAUGAGAUUCUCAAGUCUUUGCACCAUGAGAAGAUUAUGGCACUGCAUGAAGCCUAUGUCACUCCAAGAUACCUAGUUCUUAUCUCUGAGUCCUGCAUUGGCAAAGAACUACUCUACAGUCUCAUUGACAGGUUUCGUUACUCAGAGGAUGAUGUGGUGGGCUACAUUGUUCAGAUCCUCCAGGGUCUGGAGUACCUGCACAAUCGUCGUAUCCUGCACUUGGACAUCAAGCCAGAUAACAUCAUUAUCACGUACAUGAAUGUGGUCAAGAUCAUUGACUUUGGCUGUGCGCAGACCUUUAACCCUCUCUUCCUCAAACAGCUCAGUCAACGCCAUGGAACACUGGAGUAUAUGUCUCCGGAAAUGAUUAAAGGGGAUGUAGUUGGCCCUCCAGCAGAUAUCUGGAGUCUAGGAGUCCUGACUUAUGUCAUGCUCAGUGGCAGAUUGCCAUUCCUUGAAGUUAACCCAUUGGAGAUGGAGACCAAAAUCCAGGCAGCAAAAUUUGACCUAACGAAACUGUACCCAAAUGUGUCCCAAAGUGCCUCCCUUUUCCUUAAGAAGAUCCUGUGUAGUUAUCCCUGGGCUCGACCAACCAUCAAGGACUGUUUUGCCAACUCCUGGCUGCAAGAUGCCUAUUUGAUGAAGCUACGCCGACAGACUCUCACCUUCACCACAACACGGCUCAAGGAGUUCCUGGUGGAGCACCAGCGCAAGAGGUCAGAGGUCGCCACCAAGCACAAGGUCCUCCUGCGUUCAUAUCAGAGCACCCAACAGCCAGCAGCUCCUGUGACCCAGUGAAAGCAGCCAUGCCAUCAGCGCCAGAAAGGGGUCAAGUGAGAAGAACAGUCCAGGUUCUACAGAAGGCACAAGUGGCACACACCAGCCUGAUGCCCAGAUCUAAAUGUCUGGUAUAAUCAUCCCAAUAUAGCAGGCCGGAAAUGACAUGUAUUCUCGAGUCUGGCUUUUAUCAUGCAAAAACCAGCCACAAUGACAAUAAAACAGGAAAAAACUGAAACAUGAAAAUGGAAUUCAAAACAUAUACCUCAUGGACUGUCCAAAAGGGAGUAUUGAGUGGUUUGGUGUAAAUUGGGAAGACAAUGCAACAUUGUACAAAACCCUCUCUCUUUUCUGUAAUAUUAUUCCCAAUAUUUUAACAGAGCUUUACUGUUUUUUUUGCAUAAUAGGACACUUAUUUGGGGUAUUGAAAAAUGAAAAAACAGAGACCUUCCUCUUUAUGUUUAGGAAUUUUUAUCUCUGGUAAGGCUCACAUAUCUAGAAUUUUUUUAAAAACAAAUUCUAGAUUUAAUACUUUUUCCUGAAAUGUUCAUAUCAAUAUAUAAUUAUUUAAUUUUUUUCCUAGAAGAAUCCUAGGAACUUUCUGGAGAAUGAUGAUGCACCUUUUACUGCUGGUCUUUUAAAUAUCUAAGUAGCAUUCUUGUGUUAUUGGUACAUUUUUAAAGCGGUAUUUGAUAAUUCUGGUAGGUGCUUAAGUGUGAUAAACUUUACAAUGAGCAGUUGGAAGAAAGUUGUCAGUAAAAGAGAAUAUCUUUGUAGUGGAAAUUGGAGUCAUUGGAAAUAUUUUAAUUUUCUGCUUAUUUUAAAGUUUUGCCAGUGGAGACAGUUAAUUGGAAUGUCACAAAACUACCCAUCCUGUAUCUCUAUUGAAGAUGUGGGAAAGUGACCAUUGUGUAACCUGAUGUUAGCUUUCUUAUUUCCUGUCUUUGACAGUGUACAUAUGACAAAGCAACAUUGUCCGAAUCCUAUUAAACCACAUUUUCUCUUGUACUGUAUAUAAUGGAUUCUACCAUCAAUCGCCACAAGAGAAGAGUCUUGAAAAUCUCAAGGGAAGAAAACAACUAUUUAAAAAUUUAUUUGACACUGAAGUACAUCACAGUUAUGUCACAAGGACAAUAUCAAGAAAUCCACUAUAUUUCAUAGUCAGCAGCUGAGUCACAAUGUACAGUUAGCGGAAACAUUGUUUCUGUGACUUUGUUUAACUGAGGGCUGAUUUUUUGCUGAUUUGCCUUGUGACAUUAAUUUUAAAUUAUUUUUUUCUUUAAUUGCUGCUUUUACCGUUAACUUCUCUGUACAUUAGGUAGGCCUGAAAAGAUAUGUUUAUCUGCCCAAAUCACUAUCAAAUCUUUAUAAAUGUUAGUGGAAACUGUUAUAUCAGAAAGUGGAAACUUUCUGUUGACUAGUUUGUUUACAUGGUUUGCAAACAUACAUUUAAAUCUCAAAGGCGUAAAUAUUGAACCCAGAUAAAUGGAUGAUUGAAAUGAAAUGACUUGCCUUGUAAUUACAUCUUACAAUGAUACAAAUUAUAUGUAUAUAUACCUGUAGGUCUGUAGAAAAGGCAGCUUUAACUAGUGUGGACCUUUUAAGUUUGUGGUGAGGGGCUGGUCCAACCCAUUUUGUACACAAGGCACAAGGAGGCUAAUUGACUCAGCCCCUCCACAUUUUAUAUCCACACUGUAGGCUGUGAGUUGGGAUUGGAAAUUUAAAUACCAAACUCUCACCUAGUCAUUUCUCAGCUUUUAACGCUAGGUCACUCUGCCGUGGCUAAGAGUUUAAUCUGUCAUGUGAUAACCUAGUUUCUGUGUACUGCAAAACAAACAAUUCCUGCACUGAAAAUGUUAGUAUAAUGGAUGCUGCUAAAUCCUUUCCUUGAAGUGCAUACUUCCAAAGGCUAUGAUAAUCCAAUGCUAUAUAAUGCCUAAGGCACCAAGGCUGAAUUGUUCAGUAUAACACUGUUUACGGUAGCUUCACACAGAAAAAAACUUUAUCAUGUAAAACCUGAAUAUUUUUUUUCUGAGUGCAAACAACAGAGAUGCUUACAGUUUCUCUGGCAUUCAUAUUCUUCAUCUGGAGUUCUUGCUGACACUUCUCUGUCAGUAAGCAAAAUACAAGAAGAUAUCUAAUUAGGAUCGUUGUUCACACACCAUGAGAUAUCAUGAGAAUCCCAAACAAUUAAACGUGUUCGUUUACAGCAGUGUAUCUAACAAAGAAGGUUUUUUCAUCAUCAUGUGGCUGCCUGUUUUCCAGUUUGCUUAUUGUUAGAAAUAUUUUGUCUGUUUCAAAAGGGAGAAUAGCAAUGUUGUAACAGACAUGACUUUGAAGUAGCAGUACUAUUAGUCUACAAUGCAUACUACCAAAGACUGUAAGAUACUGUGUCUGUUUCUGGCAUUGACAAACCUUGCAGUUUUUACAAUUUACCAUUACUGGUAGAUUAGACGUUUUGCCUGUUAAAGAAUUUUUUAUUUAUAGUGCGUGAAAAUCCAUUAAAGCAUUUCAAGUAUCAUUAAUGUACCUGACCCUUUUCAUAAAUUUUACUAUUUAUAAAGGCUGUUAUUACAUAAGCACAGGUUCAAAGAGAAAACUUUCUUUAAUAACAAUUAACUUAAGUACAACAACUUGGUGAUAAAUACUGUAAAUAUGAGUAGUACUACACUGCUUCUGCGUAACAUUAUCAGGACAAAUGCAGGAUUUUAAUCUAGUCAAUGUCAUAAACAGCUGGUGGAUGAUUCAACAGUAGCAUUUGAUAUUUGUUUUUAGUUACAAAAUCGCAAUCUGAAUCUCAUUUUACAACAGAACCAAACUUCAGCAACAUUUGUACAGGAAAAUACAAUUAACUAAACCUCAUAGGAACUACAAUUUGUAUAAUCAUUGAAGAGCAAUAUGGCUCUUAUAUACAGGAGAAGAACUCUGUUAUGGUUUCAGAAUUGUUUAUCUUGUAAAGGUCUGAUACUAUUCCAUUGCCACUAUCAGCCACUCCCCUUUUUAAUGUUACCUUAACACUGAAAAUUAAAAUAGUUUAUACAGUAUUGUCCAAACAAAUCCAACAGUAAAGCUCUUCCAUGGGCAAAUAAUAAUACUGUUAGGUAAGGCUAACUCACAUGUUUGCACUGAAAUGCCCUACUAACAUAAAAAUCUUAAAUUCAGAUCUAGUGUUCUGAAAUCAGAUCUAAUUGUAUGACUCUAGAACUUUUAUGAUUUUGUGGAAUUACUAAUUUAUCUCUGUAUGAGUUAUUAUUAUUGUCAUCCUUUUAUUAGCAAAUUUGGUAACCUAUUUAUUUGCUUUUUGAGAGGGGUGUAAAGAUAAUUUAGUAAUAUUAGCAUUUACAUUUUAUACAAUUCACAUUACAAAGUUUACUUACUUGCACAGAGCUACUUUACUUUCACUAAUGUGUACAGAAUCACCAAGAUGUGAAUGAUCACACUAGUACAGUAUAUAUUCAAUGAAUGUCAGGCAUUGGAUUUGUGUUUUCCCUUUCAUUUUCCUUUAACAUGAAGUGUGAAUGGGUUUAUUGAACAUUUUGUAGGAAUUGUUUUGAAUUGCAUUUUAAGAUGUGAAACAUAAUAUCGGGGACAAAUGCAAAUCUCUUCUGUGUGGCACUUGUUGUAUCUGAUUUGUCAGGGAAGCUGUUACUGAUCACCCUGUUGUCUGAAAUUGCUUGUUUUGAUUCUUUUUCAAAAAGCAGUAUUGCUUAGCUGUAACAAGUUAAUUUGAGAAGUAAAUACAUUCACCAUCAACAACUUUUGCUUCCAUCUAACAUUACCUGCGAGGCUGAUUAAUGUGAAACUGAUAUUUCUCAACAAAUUUCCCAAAUUACAAUUAAUUGGUAAUAUAAAGUGGAAUAUAUAUAUAUAGUAUUAAACAAUAAAACACAGGAACAUAUAUAAAGAUUAUAUAGGAUGUUUUGUUGUUAUUUUUCCGCUUCUAUUUGACUCUUUUCCCAUAUGUGUGUAUUUAUAUACAGAUACUAUAUAUGUAUAUAAAAGAUCUAAAACUGAAAUUAGAUAAAUGUUGAAAAAUAUGUAACUAUAAAGUGCUUGGUUGCAGGGGAUUCUAGUACAGCUUAAAAUCAUCUUUUUGAAGAAAAUAUUGAUUUGUGAAUGAUGUAAUUGGACCUGAAUGAGUAAUGCCCUUUGUUGUUCAAAGUUCAAUAAACCUGGCAGGACUUAUCAUUAGCAACUGAAGCUGUUUGCCCAAUUACACAUCCAAUACUGAAAGAUCAGAGACUUUUUGAUGGAAGACACAUAUCUAUGUAACGAAAUGUAUUCACGGAUGCUAUAUUGUGUACAUUUUGUAUCAUUUCAAGAAAACAAACACUGUCCUUUAAGCCUCCUUUGGUUGGGAGCAAAUAAGAAAUUCUAUGCUACUGCACUCUAAUCUGACUCUUUUAUAUCAAGUGCAGCCGUUACCUUGGCAAUUUGCGUGUUCACAGCAUGCACCUGGGUAAUGAGGUAGUAAGGGCUCGUUCCCAGGAAAGGCAAUAUAUUUUUGUAAAAAGAUGACAAAGAAAAUCACUCAAAACAGCCUGGAAAGUGAUGAAUGAAGAGUCAGCUCUAUGGCAAAUUUAAACAGCAAGCACACUAAUAUGCCACACAUCCAAAAAAAGAAAGUCAGAGGAAACUCAAUAUAUUUUUUAUUUGUUGCUUAUCUACUGCAAACAUAUUUUCUAGGUUAGCAUAUUCCAUAUGUUUUGAAGGUCUGAUGAUCACUGGGCCAGAAGUAUUGGACAUCCAAUGAUAUGGUUAAGCUUCAAUACCUGGGAACGGGCCUUAGCUUAUGUUUUAAAACUACUAUGAACAAGAGCGUUUCUUUUUGUAAAUUCACAGCAGUGACAAUCUAUUUAUCGUAGUUUGUAGAUGUUGUUUCUAGUGGUUUGUUAAUUUAUUUUUCAGGCUCAGUAUGACUCUGAAACCUUUACGAUUUUGUGGAAUUACUAAUUUAACUCUGGUGUGGAACCACGGCAUGAAAGCUGAGAAAAUAAAAAUAAAGAGAAUAUGAAUCAAUCGUG